CACCCGGAUGUGACGUUAAUCAAGACAACAAUGGGUUAUUUCUAUUGGUAGUUUGUGGAAAGUGACGACCUUCCCUUUACUGAGAGCCAAUGAAUCGCAGGAGAAGCCGUCGCAUAUCUCACUCACAGAGGAGGGGUGCACCAUCAGAAGGACAAUGGAGACAAAGGGAUAAAGAGCAGUGGCAAGGUGAAGGGAAAGCACAAGUUAGACAGGCGGACGAGGAGGAGCAGAAACCCAGACAGCAUGAAGAGGACACGGUGCCAAAAGGGACCUGCCAAACGAUGUGCCCCGCUCAGGAGUUACGGGAUCGUGAGGCUCAGAACCGACUUCACCAUUUUGAAAUGUUACCAGGCACAGAGAAAGAUCGGCGGCCAAAAGGAGACCCAUCGCGUGCCGUUAAGGAGUAUUCCAGACCAGCAGCUGGGAAGGACUCAACUAAACCCAGUGACCUCAGACCACCUCCUGUGCUGCUGAAAACUGUUAACUACCUUAUUAAUGACAUUGCAGCCGCCCCGAGCCUGUAUCCAUGGACUGAGGUUUAUACCUUUGUCUUUGACCGUCUUCGUGCUGUGAAGCAGGACAUGAUCAUCCAGAGGAUGUCAGGAUUGGACUGCGUGGUCAUUUUAGAGCGAACCGUUCGUUUCCUCAUCUAUGCCUCUUAUCGUCUUUGUGGGGAGCCGCUGCGGCUCUACGACCCACGUAUCAAUGAUAUACACCUGCAGGAAUACCUCAGCUGGUUGCUGGAUUGCUACAUGACCAAAACAGGACCUCAUCCCAACCAAGAAGAGUUCCAGUCGCUCAGUUUGCUGUACAACUUGGGUUCAGCUCGCGCUAUGCAGCACACCAUGCAACUCCCAUUGCGACUGCGCAGCACUCCAAACAUCAAACUUGCUCUUUUCAUCAACCAAGCUUUCCUUGAGAGAAACCCUGUCCGUUUGCUUCGGUUGGCUCAAAAGCUAAACUUCCUACAGACCUGCGCGCUGCACAGUCACCUGAUGACAUGUCGUCAAGAUCUGCUGCUCAUAUACAGCCACGGAUACAGCAGCCGCAACUGUCGCUUUCCUCUUGACAGACUGGCUAAGCUCUUGUUCUUAGACGCAUCACUUACAGCUCAACUGUGCCGGUCAUGUGGAGUUGAGGUUAACAAGGACAAUCAAGUAGUAUUCUCCAAAGCUGCUUUCACGGAGCCGGGACAAGGAACACUGCACUGUAAACUGUAUCACAGCAUAGCAUCUGAGAAACAGAGAGAUCUCACUGUUAAGAAUAUUGUUCAGAGCUGUGUUGAGACAAAUAAGAAGUAAACAAGCCAUACAAAUACCGCUCGGUAUUCUUAUAAAUUAGGAAAUUGACUGUUUGUUUGUUUUUUAAGAAAUCUGGACUGUCACUGAGCUGAUGGCCACGAGUUACAUUAAGAUGUGAAUUACUUUUAUAUUACUACCAAUAUUUUGUGUUGAUGUUUCCCUUGAGUAUUUUUUUACAAGAACUGUACAGAAAUUCAAAGGUGUAACUGUUUACUCAUUCUUAUAAAUUCAAAUUUUGGAAUCAUUUCAAUAAAUUUGGUUACAGUCGAAAUACAAUGGUGGUCAGAAGUUUACAUACAUCAUGGAUUUGAUUGUCGUGGUAAUUUUGAGCUUUUAAUGAUUUCUUUCUUUAAUGGCUGGAAUGACUGUAAAGUGUACAUCUUUAAAGGCUUUUUCUUUAAAAACAAAAUGAAUUUAUUUAGGAUUUUCUGUAAUCCACACAGGCUCGUGCACUCACUUCAUUUGUUAGUAAGUGGUGCUGAAGGUUCUACAGUGUCUUCUACCUUGACAAGACUUAUUAACUUAUGGUGAUCAUCAUCAACUGAAACUGGUAGUUUCUUUGCCAGUUUAAAAAACAAAAGGAUUUGUCAGCACUCGUUGGACUGACCAGUAGUCGGCACAAUGUUAAAAGUCCAAGGAACUUGGUGUAGAUCUAAGAAGGAGAAUUGUAGAUCUGGGAUAGUAUCUUGGGGUCAUUUCUAAACAACUACAUUCUAAGAUCACCAGUUCAAGCAAUUGUACGCAAGUACUAGUUAUUCAGUUAUUCACUGUCACCCAGAUGUUCACCCUCAGAUGAGAGGAACUUGAUUACGACGUUCAGGAACCACAAAAGCUCAAGCCUGCCAUGAACUGAAAACUGCUGGUUAUCCAGCAUCACUGUAUACAGUGAAGUGGGCUUUACAUCAACAUGGACUGAGAGUGUGUGACCAAAAGGCCCUGCUCCGAAAUUGACACCUUCCAGUCCAACUGAAAUUUGCAGCUGCCAACAUGGACGAGCCUGUUUUGGUGCCAGUGGUAGUGGUGCAUUGCACAGUGGACGGAAUAAUGAAGAAGCGUGACUACCUCCAAAUUCUUCAACCUUACCACAAAAAUCAACAGUUAAACGGUUGAAGCGUGAACACAGCUGGGUGAUCCAACAGGACAAUGAUCCCGAACACAUCAAAACUUAUUUGAAAAUGAAUAAAGAAGGCUAACGUUAAGCUUCUGGAAGCUAGGAUACGCUUAAACGCCUUACCAGGAAACCAAUUUAAAUGAACUUUACUAAAAACAUGUAUACUGUACAAUCAUUCCA